GUCAACAGAGAGAGCAGGAGGAGAGACAGACAGACGGUCAGCAGAGGGGGCAGGAGGAGGAGAAGCUCAAAGGCAAACAAUCACCAGGAGAGGACCAGUCAGCCCCUCAUGAGCACACUGAUGCCCAGACAGACAGUGUAUUUAGUCCUGAUGGUGAUGCUACGGACAGUCUCCCCCUGUACCCCAACAUGAAGUUCUGCGCCAGCAGGAACACUGAGCGUAUCUACCUUUACUCCCAGGAGGACAGUCCACUGCACUGGAAUUUCAUUCCUCUGGACAUUAAACUGGACAGCUGGGAGGACCUGCCUGAAGCCUUCAGACGCAGAGAGAACAGGACACAGGUACUGAGGUUUGUCCAGCAGUGGAGCACUCUGACAGCCAUGAAGCAGAGACUGAUCCGCCGCAGUGGUGUGCUGUUCUGCAGCCCAGUCCUGGUCCUGGACCAACUGACCAGCACCCAGCGCAAACACAGCAGCACCAAGAGGUAUCUAACCAAAGAAGAUGUGUCCCAGGCCUCUCUCAGUAAGGCCCAGUGUGAUGGAGGAACUGUCUGCCUGGUCAACAAGGAGAUCUUCUUCACCAAGAGGAGAACUGCCUCUAUGUCACGACCCAACACCUCUGCCUCCGUCCCAGAGAAACCAUCCGAGGUGCACCCAGAGCCUCCUGUUGGUGCUCCUGAGGGCCCAUCAGAGGCUGAAGCUGGGUACCUGCAGGUGCUGGACAGUGAGGGUCGACCCUUGUGUCUGUCCUGCCACAAGGCCUGUGGGUCCACCGGAGGAGCCUGGGACACCUGCUUCUGUAGCCAGACCCAGGCCUACAUGCGUGCCCGGGUACUGCAGACGGAGCAGGGGGUGUGUCAGAGCUGCGGCCUGCAAGCCCACCAGCUGUACCUGAAGGUCCGCGACGCCCCGCCCACACACAGGAAGGAGAUGCUAGAGAACACCGGGCUGGCCCAGCUGUCACUCAAACAGGUUGGUUGGUUUGGAUGUCUUUAG